CCAUGGACCCGCGGGGCCCGGCGCCCCAGACGCUGCGCCGCCGGGACCGAGCUCAAGAUGUCUGCCUAGGCCGGGGCGCAACGACGCGGUCGGGGCGGCGACGAGGCGCUGCCAGGGCUCGCGGCUGCCGGGUCCCCGAGGGCUCGCCCUGACGGACUGGCCGAGCGGGCAGCGAGAAGCGGGCGCGUGGGGAGCGGGCCGUGCGGCACCAUGUCGGCCAAGGUGCGGCUCAAGAAGCUGGAGCAGCUGCUCCUGGACGGGCCCUGGCGCAACGAGAGCGCCCUGAGCGUGGAGACGCUGCUCGACGUGCUCAUCUGCCUGUACACUGAGUGCAGCCACUCGGCCCUGCGCCGCGACAAGUAUGUGGCCGAGUUCCUCGAGUGGGCUAAGCCGUUCACACAGCUGGUGAAGGAGAUGCAGCUCCGCCGAGAGGACUUCGAGAUAAUCAAGGUGAUCGGCAGAGGGGCCUUCGGCGAGGUUGCUGUUGUCAAAAUGAAGAACACUGAGCGAAUUUACGCCAUGAAAAUCCUCAACAAGUGGGAAAUGCUUAAGAGAGCAGAGACCGCUUGCUUCCGGGAGGAGCGUGACGUGCUGGUGAACGGGGACUGCCAGUGGAUCACCACCUUGCACUACGCCUUCCAGGACGAGAACUACCUGUACUUAGUGAUGGACUACUACGUGGGCGGCGACCUCCUGACCCUGCUGAGCAAGUUUGAGGACAGGCUCCCGGAGGACAUGGCCAGAUUCUACCUCGGGGAGAUGGUGCUGGCCAUCGACUCCAUCCACCAGCUGCAUUACGUGCACAGAGACAUCAAGCCUGACAACGUCCUCCUGGACGUCAAUGGCCACAUCCGCCUGGCCGACUUCGGGUCGUGUCUGAAGAUGAACGACGAUGGAACUGUCCAGUCGUCGGUGGCCGUGGGCACGCCCGACUACAUCUCGCCGGAGAUCCUGCAGGCCAUGGAGGACGGCAGGGGCAAGUACGGCCCCGAGUGUGACUGGUGGUCGCUGGGCGUCUGCAUGUACGAGAUGCUCUAUGGGGAGACGCCGUUCUACGCGGAGUCGCUCGUGGAGACCUACGGCAAGAUCAUGAACCACGAGGAGCGAUUCCAGUUCCCGUCCCACGUCACCGACGUGUCCGAGGAGGCGAAAGACCUCAUGCAGAGGCUGAUCUGCAGCCGGGAGCGCCGGCUCGGGCAGAACGGGAUCGAGGACUUCAAGAAGCACGCGUUCUUCCGGGGCCUGAACUGGGAAAACAUACGGAACCUGGAAGCGCCGUACAUUCCUGACGUGAGCAGUCCUUCUGACACGUCCAACUUCGACGUGGAUGACGACGUGCUGAGGAACACGGAAAUGCUGCCUCCUGGGUCUCACACGGGCUUUUCCGGGCUACAUUUGCCGUUCAUCGGUUUCACAUUCACCACAGAAAGCUGCUUCUCUGACCGGGGCUCCCUGAAGAGCACGCCGCAGUCCAGCGCGCUGACCAAGGACGAGGGCGUGCAGCGCGACCUGGAGAGCAGCCUGCAGGCCGAGGCCUACGAGAGGCGGAUCCGCAGGCUGGAGCAGGAGAAGCUGGAGCUCAGCAGGAAGCUGCAGGAGUCCACGCAGACCGUCCAGUCCCUCCACGGCUCGGCACGGGCCCUGAGCGGUUCGGCCCGAGAUAAAGAGAUCAAAAAGCUGAAUGAGGAAAUCGAGCGCUUGAAGAAUAAAAUAGCAGACGCCGGCAGGCCCGAGCGACAGCUGGAGGACACGGGGACGCCGCGUCCGGAGCCCGAGGGCACCGCGCUGCGGCUGCGAGGCCUGGAGAAGCAGUACCGCCUGGUGCGGCAGGAGAAGGAGGACCUCCACAAGCAAUUGGUUGAAACUUCCGAGCGCUUGAAGUCGCAGGCCAGGGAGCUCAAAGAUGCCCACCAGCAGCGAAAGCUGGCCCUGCAGGAGUUCUCGGAGCUCAAUGAGCGCAUGGCAGAGCUCCGCUCGCAGAAGCAGAAGGUGUCCCGGCAGCUCCGUGACAAAGAGGAGGAGGUGGAGGUCGCCAUGCAGAAGAUCGACUCUAUGCGGCAGGAGAUCCGCAAGUCGGAGAAGCUCAGGAAAGAGCUGGAAGCUCAGCUCGAGGACGCCGCGGCCGAGGCCUCCAAGGAGCGCAAGCUCCGCGAGCACAGUGAGAACUUCUCCAAGCAAAUGGAAAGUGAGCUCGAGGCCCUCAAGGUAAAGCAGGGAGGCCGGGGACCAAGCACCUCCUUGGAGCAUCAGCAGGAGAUUUCCAAAAUCAAGUCUGAGCUGGAGAAGAAAGUCUUGUUUUACGAAGAGGAACUGGUCAGGCGUGAGGCCUCCCACGUGCUGGAAGUAAAAACCGUGAAGAAGGAGGUGCACGACUCUGAAAGCCACCAGCUGGCGCUGCAGAAAGAAGUCUUGAUGCUGAAAGACAAACUGGAGAAGUCGAAGCGGGAGCGGCACAGCGAGGUAGAGGAGGCCGUGGGCACCGUCAGAGACAAGUACGAGCGCGAGCGGGCGAUGCUGUGUGAGGAGAGCAGGAAGCUGGCCGCCGAGAAGGAAAGGCUUUGCUCCUUUGUGGACAAACUCACAGCCCAAAACCGACAGCUGGAGGACGAGCUGCAGGACCUGGCGGCCAAGAAGGAGUCGGUGGCCCACUGGGAAGCCCAGAUCGCCGAGAUCAUCCAGUGGGUCAGCGACGAGAAAGAUGCGCGGGGCUAUCUUCAGGCUCUUGCUUCGAAGAUGACCGAAGAGCUGGAGGCCUUGAGGAGCUCCAGCCUGGGGUCGCGAACACUGGAUCCCCUUUGGAAAGUCCGCCGUAGUCAGAAGCUGGACAUGUCCGCACGGCUAGAACUGCAGUCUGCCCUUGAGGCUGAGAUCCGAGCCAAGCAGCUUGUCCAGGAGGAGCUGAGGAAAGUCAAGGAUGCGAACCUCUCCUUUGAAAGUAAACUCAAGGAUUCGGAAGCCAGAAAUAGAGAGCUGUUAGAAGAAAUGGAAGGUUUGAAGAAGAAGAUGGAAGAAAAAUUUAGAGCAGAUACUGGACUCAAACUUCCAGAUUUCCAGGACUCUAUUUUUGAGUACUUCAACACCGCUCCUCUUGCACACGAUCUGACCUUUAGGCCCAGCUCAGCCAAUGAGCAAGAAGCACAGGCUCCGAAGCCAGAAGUGUCCCCGUCGGCGUCUGUGGCUGCAGGCAUGGAGCAGCAGGAGGACAUGGCCCGGGCCUCGCAGAGGCCACCCGCCGGGCCGCUGCCCACCUCGCAGGCCCUCACCCUGGCUGGACCAAAGCCCAAGGCGCACCAGUUCAGCAUCAGGUCCUUCCCCAGCCCCACGCAGUGCAGCCACUGCACCUCCCUGAUGGUGGGCCUCAUCCGCCAGGGCUACGCCUGCGAGGUGUGCUCGUUCGCCUGCCACGCGUCCUGCCGGGACAGCGCCCCCCAGGUGUGCCCCGUCCCCCCGGAGCAGUCCAAGCGGCCCCUCGGCGUGGAUGUGCAGCGGGGCAUCGGGACGGCCUACAAGGGCUGCGUGAAGGUGCCCAAGCCCACGGGGGUGAAGAAGGGGUGGCAGCGGGCCUGCGCAGUGGUCUGCGACUGCAAGCUCUUCCUGUAUGACCUGCCGGAGGGGAAGUCCACCCAGCCGGGCGUGGUCGCCAGCCAGGUCCUGGACCUCAGAGACGAGGCGUUCUCGGUGAGCUCAGUCUUGGCCUCUGAUGUCAUACACGCUUCACGCCGAGAUGUUCCAUGUAUAUUCCGGGUGACCACCUCCCUCUUAGGAACACCUUCUAAGACCAGCUCACUGCUCAUUCUGACAGAGAACGAGAACGAGAAGCGGAAGUGGGUGGGGAUUCUGGAGGGGCUGCGGUCCAUCCUGCACAAGAACCGCCUGCGGAACCAGGUGGUGCACGUGCCGCAGGAGGCCUACGACAGCUCGCUGCCCCUCAUCAAGGCGGUGCUCGCGGCCGCCGUCCUGGAUGGCGAGAGGAUUGUGGUCGGCUUAGAAGAAGGGCUCUACGUCAUCGAGGUGACCCGAGACGUGAUCGUGCGCGUGGCGGACUACAAGAAAGUGUGCCAGAUCGCGCUCGCCCCCAGGGAGAAGGUCGCCGCGCUGCUCUGCGGCCGCAACCACCAUGUCCACCUCUGCCCGUGGUCGGCCUUCGAUGGCGCGGAAAGCAACGUUGACAUCAAGCUUCCAGAAACAAAGGGCUGCCAGCUCCUGGUGACGGCAACACUGAAGAAGAGCACCGCCACCUGCCUGUUUGUGGCGGUGAAGCGGCUGGUCCUGUGCUAUGAGGUCCAGAGAACGAAGCCUUUUCACCGGAAGGUCGCGGAGCUCGUGGCCCCCGGCACGGUGCAGUGGAUGGCCGCGCUCAAGGACAGGCUCUGUGUUGGCUACCCCUCGGGGUUUGCCCUGUUGAGCACCCAGGGCGAUGGGCAGGCUCUGACGCUGGUAAAUCCCAAUGACCCCUCGCUUGCGUUCCUCUCACAGCAGUCUUUUGAUGCCCUUUGUGCUGUGGAGCUCACGAGCGAGGAGUUCCUGCUCUGCUUCAGCCACAUGGGACUGUACGUGGACCCGCAAGGCCGGAGGUCGCGCGCGCAGGAGCUCAUGUGGCCUGCGGUGCCUGUUGCCUGUAGUUGUAGCGCCUCGCACGUCACAGUGUACAGCGACUACGGCGUGGACGUCUUCGACGUGCACACCAUGGAGUGGGUUCAGACCAUCGGCCUGCGGAAGAUCAGACCGCUGAACUCGGAAGGAACCCUCAACCUCCUGAACUGCGAGCCUCCCCGCCUCAUCUACUUCAAGAACAAGUUCUCAGGAACUGUGCUCUCCGUGCCCGACACCUCCGACAACAGCAGGAAGCAGAUGCUCCGGACCAGGAGCAAGAGGCGGUUUGUCUUCAAGGUGCCGGAGGAGGAGCGGCUGCAGCAGCGGCGGGAGAUGCUCCGAGACCCAGAACUGAGGUCCAAGAUGAUAUCCAACCCAACCAACUUCAACCACGUGGCCCACAUGGGCCCGGGCGACGGCAUGCAGGUGCUCAUGGACCUGCCUCUGAGCGCGGCGCCCCCCGCCCCAGAGGACAGGCCCAGCCCUGCCGCCCCCAGCCUGGCCCGGCAGCCUCCGCCCCGGAGCAAGCCCUACGUCUCAUGGCCCUCGUCAGGUGGGUCUGAGCCCGGUGUGGCAGUGCCCCUGAGAAGCAUGUCCGACCCCGACCAAGACUUCGACAAAGAGCCUGACUCCGAUUCCACCAAACACUCGACCCCGUCCAACAGCUCCAACCCCAGCGGCCCGCCGAGCCCCAACUCCCCCCACAGGAGCCAGCCCUCCAUCGAAGGCCCCGAGCCACCAGCCUGCGAUGCCUGAGGCCGCCCGG